ACGACUAACUUCUCUCUAGUAGAAUAUCUUAACAAUUGACAGUCAUCGAAAAAUACAUACAGAAUCUGGUAUAAAAGUGUAUAUUAUUUGGGGGCGUUAAGUUCAUUUAUUUUUCAUUUGUAAAAUUUUUUUAUCAAAUAAUUAAUUUUAUUUUUUUACAAAUUCGUUAAAAAUUUUCAAUGUUUUCUGGUUGACAUUGACAUUUAUAUAAAAGUGCCAAUAUGUAUAUAUUUCUUGUUAGAAAAUAUUAUACUACAAUAGAUAUUCUAACAAUAAGUAAUUUUUAAUGAUUACUAUAGAAAGUUACAAUAACAGAUUGACGAUCGAAAGAAUGGAAAACGUUAUGGAGAGUGUCAAUGGACAACUGCAAAUAAAAUAUCAAAAAAUUGCUACAGAAUACUCAAAAAUUCGUGCCCAAGCAAAUGUGUUAAAAAAAGCUGUGAUUGAUGAGCAAGCACGUAAUGCAGAUAUUCGAGAGCAACUAAAAGAGAAAGAAGUAGAACUUAGGAGAGCUGAACAAGAAUUAGAUAGUUUAUCAUUUCGAAAUCAACAAUUAACUAAACGUAUAACUGUGUUGCAAGAAGAACUUGACAAAGCUCAAAAUAAAUCCAAGAAAGGGAAAAAUAAAUUGUUGGAAAAUAAUAGUCAAGUACUUGCAUCGCCGAAUCAUAUCUUAGAUGAAGAAUUCCAGAAAAAAAUAGUUGAGAAUGCUCAGUUAUUAUCACAAAUUAGUGAUAAAGAUAGUGAAAUUGAAACUUUAAAUGAAAGAAUACAACAAUUAGAAUCUAAAUUAGAUCAUUGUGAAAAAUCUAAAAUUGAAUUAGAAUGUCAAUAUCAGAAUAUUGUAGAUAAACUGGAAAGAGAAAGGAAUGAUUUACAAAAAAAAUUAAGUGAUAAACAAAAACAAGAAGAAAACGUUUCAUGGUCUAGUAAUGAAGGUAAACGGGAUGGAUACGAAUCUGAUAAUAGGAUAGGACAUUCGAAUCUUCCACAAAUAGAACCAUCUCCACUCUCAUCGCCAUCUGCAUCGCGUAGAUCAUCAAAAUCUAUUAGUGAAGGCCGAUCUCAUAAAAUACAAGAAGAGGGUAAUAAUUUUGAUUUUUCAAAAUCUUGUGAAGUAUUAGAAAAAGAAAUUAAUCAUUGGAGGGCACAAUAUCACAUACUUAAAAUAAAAUAUGAUGAAAUACAGAAAAAAGAAUAUACAAAUAAUAUUGAACAUGAAUCUUUACAACUUGCAGAAAUAAAUCAUAUGAUUGGGAGAUUAACAGUACCAUUUGCAAUACCAGAAGAAAUUGAGGCUCGAGAAGCAAAAAUCCAAGAUUAUUUCCUACAAGAAAUUGAUAAAUUAAUAAUGGAGAAACAUAUUUAUCAUGUAAAAAAUUUAGCUAUGGCUGCAACUAACGAAGUUCUGCAAGUUCAUUUGGAUACAAGUGAAUCAAAGAGAGAAAAAUGCGAAUCUGCGCUUACAGAGGCACUCUUAAAUUCUAAUAUUUUACAGAAAGAUAAAGAAAUACAAGAAGGAAACUAUAAAGCACAACUCAGUACUAUGAGUGAACAUCUUGCCAAUAUGAAUGAAAAACUUAUUUCGCAAACAGAAGAAAUACAACAAUUAAAAUUUCAACUUGUAAAUAAGGUAAUGAUUUAUUUUAAAUAUAAGUACUAUUAUUUUAAAUACUCAGUAUAUGGUUUAAUAAUUUUCAGAAUAGUAAAAAAGGAAAACAAAAGUGAUACAAAAGUCAGGUUAUGAAUUAACAAUUAUUGACAUUCCAGCAGUAACAUGCUUUAAUCUGAACCAUUAACAAUUUUAAUUUCGUGUAUAUAUGAAAUUUACACUUUUCAAAUAAUCAUUAUUUUUUAUCAUAUAUAUUAACUAAUAUAUUAAGGAAUUUUUUAAAUCAGAUUCAUUAUUUUAUUUAUAAUAAAAAAAUAAAAUUAUUUACUAUAAUUUACGCUUAUAUUAUAAAACAUUUACAAAAAUUAUAUAUCAUGUAAAAUCAUAAUAUACAUUAUCAUUUAUAUGUAUAUAUUCACGAUCAAUUUACUAUUAAUAUACACAUGAAUUGGAUAAUUUUUUUGUUGAAUACUUUAAAUUAAAACUUUUCUUUGUAUCUUAAAUAAUAAAAUUAAAAUCUUCUUUAAUAAUAUAAUAUAAUAUAAUAAAUGAAAUUAUUAAAUCAACUGAAAAAAUUUAUUUUUCUUUUUUUUAACAAAAAAAGUCUAAAAUAUUCCACUGCUGUAUUACUGCCCUUCUCUUGCGUCCCUCCUUUUCCUUUAAUUUUUUUUUUCACAGAAAAUGUACUUCAACGUAGAUAUUUAUGUUGCACAUAUGUUGUACUUAUUUCGAUGGGACGGCCGAAUGGAAAUAUAGAAAUGUUUAUUCAAACAUCGAUGAAAAUAAAUCAUCUAUGUCCAAGAAUUUACAACAAAAAAUAUACAACAAUUUGUAUCGAAAUAAAAAAAUAUUUAAAGUUUA